AGCUAAAACGGGUCUCAAAAUUAUAAUCAUUGUGGUACCUUUUAAAAUUGCCUUCAUGUAGCCAAAAGUAUUAAUAUUAUUCCAGUAUCAGUUGCUUUACAAAUUUGUGCUUAACCAAAAACCAAUAACUAGUGCUAUUAUCAUUCUUUUGCUUUUAAAUUAAAGCAAGAAUACCAACGUUUUUUUUUCCUCAACCGAAAACCAAUAGUUGCAAAGCUAAUGGAAUGCCAGCGCCUUCCGUUUAUUUCUGAUGUGUGCUCCAGUUUACGCUUGCCGGCCUUUGAUUUGUAAACCAAAUAGUUUCCCGAGCUGUUUGUUUAUUUAAUUAGCAUUUGGUUAUGUGUGGACGGUGGGGCCGACGCACUGGAGAAGUGAAAUCAGCGCUAGAAUCUCCAACACUUUUCGCAAGGUGUCCGUUCGAAAAUUUCCGGACAACUGGACGUGGUACCCGACCAAUUGUACGUAACGUACGAUGUCCAAUUUAAGCCCGGGACCGCCAACGCAAUCGCCUUAAUUUAUAAAUAGAUUUAGAUUCCCCACGGGGCAAACCGUUUAUUUUCCAUCUCAAUCUCGGCUCAAGUGUCCGCGUCUCUCGAAGAUUGCCGGCUGGGGGAAUGGGAAUCGUUCAACGUGCACCGGACACCGGACACAACCGCACCAGUGCGUCCACGGCUAAUGGAAAACAAUUCCAGGAAAGCAAAGUACAAACUCAAAUAAGUGUGAAACCACUCAAAAAUCAAAUUUCGAUUUUACUCACGCAGCAAGUGCGGCUAAACUCGAAUCACGGGCAGAUGGAAUCCGAAUUCGGGGAAUUUUCGGGAUUUAAUUAUAACUCAGCAGCAAGUAUGCUAAUUUGUCCAGAACUUCUGAUUAUAAUAAAUACAAGAUUUAACGGGCUCGAGAUUUCCAUGAACGGCGCCUACUGAGUACCACUGCCACCAUCCCCCAUCCGACCUGAACCCCACCGAUUUGGCUACGAUUUAGCCGGGAUAUCCCACUACCACUACCACUCCCACUUCCACCCACAAUCCACGAUGCUGCAGCACACGAUGACGAAGCGCAAGACGCUGAUCAUCGCCUGCUUUGGGAUCGCAUUGGGCCUGUGCAUCGGCACCGUGCUGAAGAACUAUCGGGCACUGGAGAUCGUGAAGCGGUGCAGCCUGCGGCCCACGAACCUCAAGUCGCCGGCGGAGAUCAUUGGCCUGCGGGAGGAGGACAGCAUCCAGAAUUCGCAGCGCAAUCUGGUCUUCGUGGGCGUGAUGACGGCGAAGAGCUUCCUGGAGGGCAGGGCGCGGGCGGUGUAUGAUACGUGGGGCAAAGAGGUGCCCGGCCGGAUGGCCUUUUUCAGCUCCGAGGGCAGCUACUCGGAGGAUCUGCCGGUGGUGGGCCUGAAGAACGUCGACGACCGAUAUCCGCCGCAGAAGAAGAGCUUCAUGAUGCUGUACUACAUGUACGAGCACUACAUCGACCGCUUCGAGUGGUUCAUCCGGGCGGACGACGAUGUCUACAUGGAGCCGGCCAAGCUGGAGCGCUUCCUGCGCUCCAUCGACAGCUCCCGGCCGCAGUUCAUCGGCCAGGCGGGCAAGGGCAACAGCGAGGAGUUCGGCCUGCUGUCCCUCGAGUUCGACGAGAACUUCUGCAUGGGCGGGCCAGGGGUGAUCCUGAGCAGCGAGACCCUGCGCCGCGUGGCGCCCCACAUUCCCACCUGCCUGAAGAACCUCUACAGCACCCACGAGGACGUCGAGGUGGGCCGGUGUGUGCAGAAGUUCGCCGGCAUUCCCUGCACCUGGAACUACGAGAUGCAGUACAUCCUGCGGCACAACUCAAGCGGCCGAAAUGCAUACACGGGAAAACUGAAACGGAAGGAGAUCCACAAUGCCAUCACCCUGCAUCCCAUUAAACAGGCGCCACUCAUGUACCGAUUGCACUCCUACGUACAGGGUCUGAAGGCCGAGGAGAUGCGCCAGGAGUCGCUGCUCCUGCAUCGGGACAUCAAGCGGAUGGCCAAGUAUCUGGAGGUUCCGGACGAGAGCACCUACAUGCUGCCCAGCGUAUCACCGGAAAGCGAUUCGGGCAAAAGGCACUUCCAGGACCACAACAUAUUGGGAAUCAGUCCGGAAUUGAAUAAGUUCGUGCCCGGCAGCACCGACGACCUGCUGGACUGGUCCUUCAUCGCCCGCAGCCUGUACUCGGCCAGCUCGGCCAAUCCCAAGCAGAAGAUCGACUCGGCGAUGCGGGAGGGCCUGGAGGACGUGAUCACCGAGGUGAUGGAGAACAUCAACAACUACUCCCGCCAGCGGGGUCGGGUUAUCGAGUUCCGGGAGCUGCUCUACGGAUACCAUCGGCUGGACGCGCUGCAUGGCCAGGACCUCAUCCUCGACCUGCUGCUCAUCUACAAGAAGUAUCGCGGCAAGAAGAUGACGGUCCCGGUGCGAAGGCAUCUCUACGUCCAGCGCUCCUUCACUGGCAUCUUUGUCAAGGAGUUCGACGAGGACUUCUACAACGUCACCCUGCAGCAAAGUCUCUUGGGCAGCCUCUUCCAGAACGGAAUGGCCCGGCUGAGCAGCCACUUCACGAUGCCCAGCGGACUGCUGUCGCCGACGCAGGACAAGAUCGUGUUCGUGCUGCCGAUCGCCGGGCGACUGGGCACCUUCGAGCGCUUCCUGCGCACCUACGAGCGCGUUUGUGUGCGCGGCGAGCAGCACUGCGACCUGCUGGUGGUGAUCUUCGGCCCGCCCGAGGAGCUGGGCGACCACCUGCAGCUGCUCCACGAUCUGCACGGCAGGCAUGUGUACCAGCAGGUGAACUGGAUCCAGAGGAGCAGCGCAUUCUCGCGCGGCGUGGCUUUGGACGUGGCGGCCAGGUCCUCGUACAUCCGGCAGGAGGACAUCAUUCUGUUCAUCGACGUGGACAUGGUCUUCGAGGUGGCGACGCUGCAGCGGGUGCGGAUGCACACGCAGCGCGGCAAGCAGGUGUACCUGCCGAUCGUCUUCAGCCAGUACGAUCCGCAGAGGCGGAGUGGUGGCUCUGGCGAGGAUGAGGCCCCCCGGAUCGACGACGAGAGCGGCUACUUCCGGCAGUUCGGCUUCGGCAUAUGCGCCAUCUACAAGUCGGACAUCCUGGACGAGGACAUCAACGGCUUCGACAAGGACAUCACCGGCUGGGGCCUGGAGGAUGUCAAGUUCCUGGAGAAGAUCGUGCGGGUGGGCACGCGGCAGCGCGGCUUCCUGGCCAACACCGCCGAGGUGGCCAUGGACUACAACGAGGCCGCCGAGCAGUGGCGCCGCCUGAGCGUCUUCCGCGCCCCCGAUCCCACGCUCGUCCACAUCUACCACGAGAUCAGUUGCGACGUGCAGCUGGACGCCCCUCAGUACAACAUGUGCCUGGGCACCAAGGCCAACUCACUGGGCAGCACGCGCCUCAUGGAGCAGCUUUUCCUCAGCAGUCCGGAGAACGUCCAGUUUGCGGCGGACUUCAAUCGCCAGAAGCAACAGCAGCAGCAACAGCAGCAGGCCAGGUGAUCAUCCAAAUGCAGUGAUCCUUCAUACCCGAUCCCCACCAGCGAUUCUGCCACAUAGUAUUAUGCUUAAUGUUUCCUAAACUAGUGCGUGAGUGUGAGCCAAGCGACCGAUAUGCCAAAUCAAUUCGUUCGUUAGUCCUUUAAGCUAAGUUAGACAUCUAAUGAUCCAUACAUCCAUAGAUGAACAGUGAUGGGAUUGGUAUGGGUAAACUAGUAGUAGUAGUAUUUUUAUUAUUAAUAUAUCUUUGUAACUUGUAGCGUUAGGAAGAACAUUGAAAUAAAUUAAAUUUAAUUAAAUUAAAUUACAAAAUUAAAUAAGUCAAUGUCAAAAAAAAAACAAUUGAAAAAUGUCGAUACUAUUUUAAAUAUUUGAGUUUAUAAUAAUAAUUAUAUGCAUAGGGGUCAAUUCAAAAUUGAUAAGAGUAAAUUGAGAUCAAGUUGACCCAAAUAAAUAAAUACAAUUUGUUCCUAUGUAGACUUGCCACAAAAAUAAAAACAUAGAGAAGUGAAUCAAUAAAUAUCAUUAAUUAGUAUUUAAAAUAUUAAUAGACCUUAGAGAAUACUUUUUUUUUAAUAUAUUAUAUAAUUUAAGUCAAGUAAAGGUAGUAAUGGUGGCAGGAGCAGAUCAAGAGUACAUUUUUAAAAUCUUGAAAUUCUUUCCUAAUAUAUUACCAUCUAUUCCACCAACACUUUUCCCAUCACUGUAGAUAGCCAUGUAUUUCACUAGCCAAAAACGUGUUGACAAAAAAUAUGCAUUCACAACAAGUUAACUUAAUACUUGAUUUUCCACUCAAAUAAACACUUAAUUGUAUUAGGGAUAUGUUUAUUUAAAAAUAAAACCAAACGUCUUUCAUUU